AUGGGUCAGAUCACGGGGUUGGUGGUUUUGGUUUGCCGGUUCCGGCAUAUCCUUUGCCUUGUUGCUGCGUGUCGGUCGGAGGUUGGGAGUGCGAAUCGCCGAUAUCCCGUUCUUCUGACACCCUUCGGUUAUGGGGAGAAGGUAGUGAAGUGGUCGGGAUAUGAGGUCAACACUUUCUGCUUCGUAAGAAUCAACAGUCGUGGCGGAUCAGACCGCCUGCAUUAUCAUGAUGAUGGUGGUGGUGAUGAUGAUGAUGGAGAUGUCAGUGUGGCCAAUAUGAAUGUCAAGAUCAUUGUUUGCAAGGCCAAGUUGAUACGAGCGAGUCAAGCAAUGAUGUGGACUCCUGUCAUUGGACUCCCCGUCUGCACAGUCCUUUGCUGGAGCGAGGGUGUGGCAGUAAACAAAGUUCCGGUGUUGCUGUACAGGUAG